AUGAGCGACUACAAGUUCCGCAAGUCCACGCAUUCGUUCACCAAGAAGGUCGCCAUACUGCUGUACUUCCUCGCCAGCGAGGGCGGGUACCGCGAAAAUGCUUGCACGACGUACUACGUCCGCAGCAAGCUCAUCAAGCAAAAGUCGUUUGCGGGUGGCACUCAUCUCUUUACCAACUUUUUACGGUAUCGUGCGAUGCUGCACGAGAAGACGCCGGAAGCCGAGGUCAAGGAGAGCAUGUUCAAGGACGGCAUUGGCGAAGAGGCUGCCAACCAAUUUCUCGAGUCGAUGCGCAGCAACCACGAGCGCAUGGCCGAGCUCGAGCGCGAGCUCGAGCAGCUCAAACGCGACAACAGCAUCAAGCGCAAGCAGAUCCAAGUGGCCGCGCCGCCGACAUGA